AGUUUCUGCUCUGUGACCCUCAGUGUUGCUGGUGUGAGAGAGAAGCUGAACAAGCCGGAGCAGUCACUCUGCGUUAAGUCACUGUCAGGAUCCAGACCAACAGUCCAAACCAGUGCAGGAAUUUCCAGUCGCAAAUGAGACUGCAUUCCGUUGAUUUUUUUUUUACCAAUCUCGAACCAAGAGGCCCCUCUUCAUACUGUCAGUAGGAGAACUUCACAGAUUGACUCUCUUCCUUCAAGUAAGCAGCAGAGAGAUUAGAUGGCUCAGUCUUCAAAGAUUACAUUUUUCAAUUUGAAGGAGCUCAAAGAUCUCAAGACUGCCUAUGAAACACGUGGGCUAAGUGCUGUUGUGCCUCUGAUACAGAAGAAGAUAAAUGAUCUGACAAACACAGAACUGCAUAUUGCAGUGAUGGGAGAAACAGGGUCAGGGAAAUCCACCUUCAUCAAUGCGGUGAGAGGACUUCAGACUAGUGAUGAGGGAGCAGCUAAAACUGGGCCCACAGAAACCACAAUGGAGCCAACCUCAUACCCACACCCCAACCUGCUGAAUGUUUGUUUUUGGGAUCUGCCAGGAAUUGGAACACCAGAAUUCCAAUCUGCUAAAUAUGUGAAGGAAAUGAACUUUGAUAAAUAUGAUUUCUUCAUCAUUCUGUCAGACUGUCGUUUUCGAGAAAAUGAUGCACGACUCGCCAAAGAAAUUGAAAAGCUGGGGAAGAAAUUCUACUUCAUUCGAUCUAAAAUUGAUAAUGAUCUUGAAUCUUUUCAUAAGCAAAAUAUACCACUUGACAAAGAUAAAGAGCUGGACAAAAUCAGGAAUUAUUGUGUCAGCAGCUUGGAAAAGCAAGGAAUGCUAACACCUGUUUUUUUGAUCUCAAACUUUGAAAUGAACGAGUUUGACUUUCCAAAAUUAAAUGAUGCCAUCCAAAGUAAUCUUGAUGACAUAAAGAAGCAUGUUUUCUUGUUGUCCCUUCCAAACAUAGCACUGAAGAUAAUAGAAGAGAAGAGAAAAAACCUAAAGGAUCGAAUCUGGAUGUUGGCCACACUUUCUGGUGCAAUAGGAGCUGUUCCAAUUCCUGGCCUGUCCUUUGUUUGUGACAUCGGGAUACUGGUUACUGCAAUUAUAGAUUUCCGUAAGUAUCUGGGUCUGGAUGAUGUCUCCCUUCAAAGGUUGGCAAACACAACAGGCAAACCUGUCAGUCAGCUGAAAGCUGUGGUGAAAACUCCCCUAGUGGGGGAAAUAAAUGAACAAUUUGUGAAAAGAUUGUUAGCGGGCACAACCUAUUUCACCAUUUCAGCAAUUGAGCUGAGUCUUGAUUUCAUACCAGUUAUUGGAUCCAUCUUUGGAGCAGGAUCGUCAUUUCUCAUGACCUACAAAAUUUUGCAUGGUGCACUGGAUGAUCUUACAGGGAAUGCAAAGAGAGUGGUACAGGCUGCAUUUGACUCUGAUUUUCAUUGAGUUUCGAAUAAAUCAUUCAAAUACCAGAAAGAAAUUGAACCUUUUGUUUAUGGUAUUGUCCAUAUCCCAGGACAUUCCAAAUUGUCCCGUAGUCAAUUAAUUCUGUUUAAAGGGUAAUCACUGAUAUGACUGAGAAAAACAAAGCAGUUCAUUGGAUUACAGUACGAUCCCAGAAGAAAUUGAGAUAACUGGUCAACUCUUGUAUUUUUACUGACUUAUUUCCCAGAAUGCUCAGAGACCUUCCCUGCUCUUUAUCAAAUAAUUCCAGGGAUGCUUCAUAUUAAAAGGAACAAGCACAUUCUUUUGGAAGACACCAUAUCAGUAUUGCUGCAGUGAGCACGACACCAUGUACCUGCCAAGAUCAUGUGCUCAAUUCCCAGGAAAAAGUUAGGAUAAAUUGGAAAAUUGCAGCACUUCCACUCCUCAUACAAUUUGCUGAUCUCUCAAUUUUACCUUCUGGAAUGUUUCUCAUGUAUUCCUGAUUUCUGUGACCAACACACUCAUUUUGGAAACAUGACUGAUUCCUCUGUGUAGGAAUUUCCCUCCUGCCAUACCAACAUAGCAGAGGUUGCUGUGUAUAAAACAGCGUCUACAGCUUUUGUGUUGUCUUCAUGCAGAUAUAGUGGCUGCAAUACUCUUGACUUUUCUGUCAUUGAAUCCCAGAUGAAUUUUCACUUAAAGAUUUGAAUAUGUGUUGAACUCAGUGCCACACAUAUUAGUUCGACAAAAAUGAACAGCUAAUCCAGGAGCGACUAAGUUUCAAGUUGAAGCCUUUCCUGAAUAGGAUACACCAUUGAAAACCAAGGAAAAUAAGAAGGUCUACAGAAAAAUGAUGGCCAACAAAUAACCCCAUGAAUGAGUACAUUUGUGCUACAUACUGACAGCCAUGACGAAUGUGGAUUCUUUUGCACAGUUAGGACCACUUAUGGCCCAAGUAUACUAACAACUAGUUAAUUGAGUGGUACAAAUGGAGCAGUGCUGAUCAAGAAAGUUAAGUGCUCAUUGGAAGCAGCUCUUCCAGGACUCAGUACUCAAUGUGAGUAUCCUUGAGCACAGCUUGCUACCCAUCACUGUCUCAGCACAGCUCCAGCUCAACAUGAGGUUGACAAGGCCAUCUGGCAACUGAGAACCAAAAGGUCACCAGCUCAGAUGGAAUCCCACCAAAAUACUAAAAUGCUGUAGUGAAACACCUUAGUCGCUGGCAUGUGAUGUAAUCAUGCUCAUGUGGAAGAAGGUGAGCACACCUGCAGAUCUGAGAUGCUGUAAUUGUGACCAUCUUAUGGAAGGAGACAAGAUGGAUUGUGGGAACAACAUGGGGCUCUCCAGUUGUCCUCUUAGUGCUGGAGAAGGUCUGAUUUGGAGUCACAAUGCCAACUCUAUCUAUCAAGAGGCAUGGUAAAUAUGAUCACAGUGAAACAAGUUCAACUAACACUACAACCUUCAAAUAUGGUCUUCUUCAACCUCACAAAGGCCUGUAGCUCUGUCAACGUAGAGGGACAAUGAAGCAUCCUGCUCAAAUUUGGCUGCUCAUGGAACUUUGUUACCAUUCCCCAUCAGCUGCGCAACAGCAUGCAGCUAUGAUCCUUACCAAUGGAUCCAGCACUUACCCAAUACCUGUCACAGUGGAUGAACCAAGGCUAUCAUCUCACCAACACUGUUCCCCAUCUUUCUGAUCAUGACACUGCAUCUCGUAUCUAGAAGGCUUUCUGAUGGUGUGGAGCAUCUCAACAGCUUCAGCAGCAAGCCAGCCAACAUGAACCACUUGCAGUCCAGUACCAAGACAACCCCACCCUCUGUCAUGAAGCAGCUGCAGUGAUGCAUUUGGGAGCACACAGAUUUAACGGCUGAGCCCUAGUCCAUUGCUGAUGCUGUCACAAGUUCAUAUGUGAGAAUGAGCCAUUGGUUAAACAUUUGGAAGACCAAGACUUUUACUAGUCUGUCCCCAAGGUAGAGUUUGUCCAAUGAUUACCAACAUCUAUUGUGAGCAACUGGAUAAUAUGGAUCAAUUCUUAUGCACUGGCAACCUCCUCCCAUGAGGGCAGGUAUUGAAAAUGAAACGUAACAUUGCCCACAAUGUAGCUGUCAGAGGAACAGAGUCUUUGAUGACAAAAACCUCAAACCUAGCACCAAGUACUGCUACUUGCUCCUCUAUCCGAGUUGGAGACAUGGACACUGUACAGUAGAUAUUUCAAAUUCCUCAGGAAAUAUCACAGUAAUGCUUUCACAAAAAAACCCUGCAAUUAAUCCAUAAGGAUAGGUUCUCGAAUAAACGUGUCCCCUCUUAAAAUGCAAAACUCUCACUUGGGAAACUUUUACCCAAGAUCAACCAAAGUAGAGAAGCAACAUCUACAAAGGUUCAAACUGUUUCGACCAUCUCUGACAGACCUAGCUGGAGGUCAGACACAAAGAUUGGAAGAAGCUACUGAGCAUCCUCUCCCCUUCAAACACUACCUGCCCCACCUGCAGCAGGGUGUGCAGGACCAUCAUCAUACUGUUUAGUCAAGUCAGGACCCACAACUUCAGCAUGGGAGAUAGUCAUCCUCAGUAUCUGACUAUGGAGGUGAAAAUACUGGGUGUCAGAUUUAGCUUAAAUCUGAUUCACACCAAUUGCAGUCUAUAUUUCAAAAUAUAUAAUUGGUCCUUUUUUUUGGGAUUGCUAUGUUUUCCAUUUCAUCUGCUGUUGAAGAGCAGUGAAAACCCAAGUAAAUUGCCAACGCUAUGUUUGAAAUUCUGAGAUUUUACAAGGAUCAAAUAAAUUAAUUGGAGAAAUGCUCAUGGAAA